CCAUGAGCCGCCGCGUGGUGCGCCAGAGCAAGUUCCGCCACGUCUUCGGGCAGCCGGUGAAGGCCGACCAGAUGUACGAGGACAUCCGUGUCUCCAAGGUGACAUGUGACAGCUCCUUCUGCGCCGUCAACCCCAAGUUUGUGGCCAUCAUUGUGGAGUCUGGCGGCGGGGGAGCCUUCAUUGUCCUGCCCCUUGCCAAGACAGGACGGGUGGACAAGAACCACCCGCUGGUGACGGGACACACGGCGCCUGUGCUGGACAUCGACUGGUGUCCCCACAACGACAACGUCAUCGCCAGUGCCUCGGAGGACACCACCGUCAUGGUGUGGCAGAUCCCUGACUAUGUCCCCGUGCGCAACAUCACGGAGCCAGUGGUGACGCUGGAGGGACACUCCAAGCGGGUGAGCAUCAUCUCCUGGCACCCCACCGCCCGCAACGUCCUGCUCAGCGCAGGCUGUGACAACCUGGUGAUCCUCUGGAACGUGGGGACGGGGGAGAUGCUGCUGGCGCUGGAUGACAUGCACACUGACCUCAUCUACAACGUGGGCUGGAACCGCAACGGCAGCCUCCUCGUCACCACCUGCAAGGACAAGAAGGUCCGUGUCAUCGACCCCCGCAAGCAGCAGAUCAUAGCGGAGAAAACCAAACCGCACGACGGCACCCGCCCCAUCCGCGCCAUCUUCGUGGCCGAUGGCAAGAUCUUCACCACUGGCUUCAGCAAGAUGAGUGAGCGGCAGCUGGGCCUCUGGGACCUGGAGAGGUUUGCCCCCCACGAAGGGCUGAGGCCCGUGCGGGCCAUCUUCACACGGGAAGGACACAUCUUUACCACGGGCUUUACCAGAAUGAGCCAGCGGGAGCUGGGCUUGUGGGACCCGAAUAACUUUGAGGAGCCCAUCGCCCUGCAGGAGAUGGACACGAGCAACGGGGUCCUGCUACCCUUCUACGACGCCGACUCCAGCAUUGUCUACCUCUGCGGGAAGGGUGACAGCAGCAUCCGGUACUUUGAGAUCACGGACGAGGCACCCUAUGUGCACUACCUGAACACCUACAGCAGCAAGGAGCCCCAGCGGGGCAUGGGCUUCAUGCCCAAGCGUGGGCUGGAUGUCAGCAAGUGCGAGAUUGCCAGGUUCUUCAAGCUCCAUGAGCGCAAGUGUGAGCCCAUCGUCAUGACGGUGCCACGCAAGUCAGACCUCUUCCAGGAUGACCUGUACCCUGACACACCAGGCCCUGAGCCAGCCCUGGAGGCAGAUGAGUGGCUGUCGGGGAAGGAUGCAGAGCCCAUCCUCAUCUCGCUGCGGGACGGGUACGUCCCCAUCAAGAACCGGGAGCUGAAGGUGGUCAAGAAGAACAUCCUGGACAGCAAACCUCCCCCAGGCCCCCGCCGCAGCCACUCCACCUGCGACUCUGACUUCUCUCAGCCAGCCUUGGAGGAGGUGUUGGAGGAGAUCCGUGCCCUGAAGGAGAUGGUCCAAGCACAGGAGAAGCGCAUCUCCGACCUGGAGAACAAACUCUGCCAGUUCACCAACGGCACGGACUAGCGCGGUGGCCAAGGCCACGGGCAGGGCAAGGACUGCCCCGGCCUGCCGGGGAUUAAAGCCGAGUCCCCACAUUGGGCAGGAGCCCAGAGCCAUGUUCUUUCCCCAGGAGCUGAAGGGGCAGGGAGGGGGUCGGACCCUGACCCCCACCUCCACUGGCAUAAGUUGCAUCUUGCUCCUGGGGUGCCCCAGCAUAUGGGCACCCCACUGCAGCACCCAAGGGGGUCCCGCUUCAGUGCCUGCAGGCUGGGGCUGCCAAGCAUCCUUCUUUGGGGACCUGCAGGCUGGGCACCAGCAUCCUCCCAGGACGGGGAGGUGCCAGGCCCUCCUGGCCAGGAUGUGCUUGGGUACGGUGCUACACCCCCACCCCAUCACCCCCUCACCUCCCCCUGCCCCAUCAACCCCUGGGCAAGUGCUCCCAACCAGCUCUUUGCUCCUCAACCCCUUUAAUAAAGGGCUCAGCCACCCUUGG